ACAGGCAAACCUUCCUCUUAAUAAAAGCAAUAUCGAAAUGAGAGAUGCACAAGGUUCUUUAAAGAACUUACUUGCUCUAUGCUUUUUAGCUGGUUUUGUAGCACUAUCAAGUCAAGUAAGCACUCCAUGCGCAUUGAGGGAAUAUCCAGCUGGUCUAGUUUGUGUUUGUAACGCCACCUAUUGUGACUAUUUAGAGAAUCCAUCACCGGAGAAUGAAAAUGAGUUUGUCAUUGUCUCCUCUUCAAAGGGCGGUCUGCGUUUUGACACCACAAGCGGUACAAUCAAUGCUUCCGACUUUACUCAAGUUGUUGACUACAAUGAGAGUCUGGAGAAUGCCACUCAAGGGAAAAUUGUAUUUGAGAAAGCGGCGCCUCGUACGGUGACCAUUCAAGUGGAUCGUGAGAAGCAUUUUCAAAACAUCACAGGUUUCGGUGGUUCGUUUACCGGCGCCGUUAGUUAUAUUUUGGAUAAUUUGUCACAAGAUGUACAAGACCAUAUAUAUAAAUCAUUCUACUCCCCACACGGUAUUGGCUUCAAUCUUAUGCGCACAUCAAUUGGUGGUUCUGACUUUGAACUGGCCCCCUGGGCGUACAAUGAACUGCCCGAAAACGAUACUACCCUCAGCAAUUUCACACAAUUAGAUUCACGUGACGAAAAGCGAAUUGAACAAAUUAAACGUUUGAAGCUGGUAACUAACGUGGAAAAUUUGCGUAUCAAAGCCGCUGCAUGGAGUCCUCCACCAUGGAUGAAAAGCAACAAUAAAUGGACUGGAACGAGUCGCUUGAAGGAAGAAUACUAUCAGACGUGGGCUGAUUAUCAUUUACGUUGGCUUGAGCUUUGGGAAAAGGCCGGGCUACCCAUUUGGGCCAUAUCGACCGGAAAUGAACCAUCAAACGGUGUAAUUUUUAUGUUUUUUGCAAAAUUUAUGAGUUUAGGUUGGACCCCAAGGAAACAGGCUGUAUGGGUAUCUGACAAUCUGGGCCCCACAAUACGCUCCAAAUACCAAGACUUGGUUAUAUUCGGAAAUGAUGAUCAACGUUACACCUUCUCAUUUUGGUUCAAAAUGAUGAAAGCCAUGCGCUCAGAUUCUGUGGAUUAUCUCACAGGGCUGUCGGUGCAUUGGUAUUGGGAUGAAAUCUUCGAGCCUGCUUUCAUUGACGUCGCUCGCAAGGAGAUGCCAGACAAAAUUAUGCUUGUUACUGAAUCCUGUAUCGGUGAUAAGCCGUGGCAGUCGGCUGUACCCAUUUUGGGUUCCUGGAAACGUGGUGAGAAGUUUGCACGCAAUUUUCUGCAAAAUCUUCAGCAUGAUUUCAAUGGGUGGAUCGAUUGGAACAUAGUUUUGGAUGAACAGGGUGGACCGAAUUAUGUGAGCAAUUUUGUCGAUGCUCCGUCAAUUGCCAAUAUGACAAGCCUCAACGAGUUUUACAAACAACCAAUGUUCUACACAAUGGGUCAUUUCUCAAAGUUCAUACCGGAAGGUUCAACUCGUAUUGCGGCGGAGCGUACAAAUGUCAAUGUUGAUACAGUUGCCUUUUUAAGACCGGACGGCAGCGUCGCUGUUGUCAUCUUCAAUAGUGGUUACGCCAGCGUCAACGUUGAGGUUAGGGAUAAGAAGCAGGGCUCAAUUAAGAUUAAUAUACCUCAGAAAUCAAUACAUACCAUUCUUUAUAAUUGAUAUUUUAUAUUUCUCAUUUUUUAUAA